AAUAAAAUUUCAGAUCUCAAUCGUCUCUUUUCCACUCUUCCUCACUUCUGAACAACUCGAUCUAUCUCCUCCUGACUCGGCUACUCUCUCCAUCGGUCUUCGAAGUACUCUUGCUCGGCUUUGGUCGCGAGUUCUAUUUUAGACAAGAUGGUGUUGUUUCUGGUGUUUGCUUACAACUGCUGGUGGCGGGUUAAAGUGGAUUGGUGGAUUGCACUGGCGUGUUAGAUUGUUGGUUGAGUAUUUCUCUGCAAACCAAAUUGAGAUAUAAAAAAUGGAAUCUUUUGGAUUGAAAAUGGUGAAAAGUACUUUAGAAUGGGUGACACAGGCUCUGGAUGCUCCUUCUGCCGGAGCUGUUGUUUUUGGAGUUCAUAUUGGCGGUCAUUAUUUUUUGGAAGGUCUUCUGUUCGUGGUGAUCCUUUUCUUGUUAUCCCAGAAAAGUUAUAAACUUCCUAAACGACCUUUGACAGAUAAGGAAACAGAUGAGUUAUGUGAGGAAUGGGUUCCAGAACCUCUUAUUCCUCCUAUCACAGAAGAAAUGAAGUUGGAACCCCCAGUGUUGGAAAGUGCUGCAGGACCACAUACAAUUGUUAAUGGCAAAGAAGUUGUGAACUUUGCUUCGGCAAAUUAUCUUGGAUUAAUAGGACAUGAGAAGUUAAUUGAAUCAUGUACCUCUGCAUUGGAAAAAUAUGGAGUUGGUUCCUGCGGUCCUCGUGGGUUCUAUGGAACAAUUGAUGUCCAUCUCGAUUGUGAAGGAAGAAUCGCUAAGUUUUUGGGUACCACAGACUCCAUUCUUUAUUCCUAUGGACUUUCCACUAUGUUUAGUGCUAUACCAGCUUUUGCUAAAAAAGGGGAUAUAAUUGUUGUGGAUGAGGGUGUACAUUGGGGAAUACAAAAUGGUUUAUAUUUGUCGAGAAGCACUAUUGUUCCCUUCAAGCAUAAUGAUAUGGAGUCUUUAAGAAACACCUUGGAGAAGGUCACUGCUGGAAAUAAGCGUGCUAAAAAAUUGCGGCGCUACAUUGUGGUUGAAUCUGUCUACCAGAAUUCUGGGCAAAUAGCCCCUUUAGAUGAGAUUAUUAGACUGAAGGAGAAGUACCGAUUUCGUGUUUUAUUGGAUGAGAGCAACUCGUUUGGUGUACUUGGGAAAAGUGGAAGAGGUCUGACUGAACACUUUGGAGUUCCGGUUGAGAAAAUAGAUAUUAUUACUGCUGCAAUGGGACAUGCAUUAGCUACAGAAGGAGGAUUUUGCACAGGAAGUUCUAGGGUCAUUGAUCACCAGCGAUUGAGUAGUUCUGGAUACGUAUUUUCUGCUUCAUUGCCCCCAUAUCUUGCCACUGCUGCCAUUACUGCCAUUGAUGUGCUGGAGGAAAAGCCUGAUCUCAUUACAAAGCUAAAGGAAAACAUUGCAAUAGUAUGGAAAGGAUUAUCUGACGUACCGGGACUUACGGUAGCAAGCAAUCCAGAUUCACCUAUUGUUUUCCUCACAUUGAAGAAGUCAACAGGUUCAUCAAAAGCUGACAGGGAUCUUCUUCAAGAAAUUGCUGAUCGCGUCUUGAAGGAGGAGUCUGUAUUUGUGGUGACCUCCAAGAAAUCAACACUUGAUAAAUGUCCAUUGCCUGUUGGAAUCAGAAUGUUUGUCUCUGCUGGCCAUUCUGAAUCAGAUCUGCUCAAGGCAUCUGAAUCAUUGAAAAGAGUUGCAGCCUCAGUGUUUGAGCGUUGUGCUCGAGUGUGAAACUCGAAGCCAAUUAGCUUAUUUCUCACCUUCCCCAUUUGUGCAUUUGCAUGUGAUCAAUCUAGCUCGGCCUCUUAGCAUAAAUGUCCUAGUACAGAAAAGCCUUCAUUAGUUGAACAGUUUUGUAAUGUAGGUAUAGCCCAAGAAGGAAUGGCCUCUGAUUGUUGAUAAUCUUACAUAAUUUGGUUUAAGGGUUGAUUUAUAAUUGCUUUUGUUUUGAUGUUGAUUUACAUAUUCGAAAAUAAAUACGUUGUACUUCAAGAUAUAAACAUCAAAAUAAUUUCAAAUCACCUGCUGCUGCACUAUCUUCCUUUUCACAAAUAGAUUACCUUGGAAGUGUAAGGAUGGAGAAGACCAUGAUUGCAAUUAGGAUUUUUUUUUUGGUAAGUUUAAAGCUCUGAUGAUGAUGGAGGUGGUGUUCUUGUAAUUUGUGGCAAUCAAAUCCUAAAAUUUAUGUAUAUAUAGGGAAUUUUUGCUGUGCGGUGCUGGAUUGUUAUUUACAAAAGUAAACAAUUCUAACAAUUACGGUUUGUUUUUA